CUGAUUACUUGAUACUUAACAUAUAUGUGAAAUCACUGGCACGUGGCCUUAUCGGGACGAUAUCCAAAUAGUAUAUAUGUGAAAUCUGUGGCGCUUUUAUUGUUUCUAAUAUAUUUUUCCAAUAAGUUUUAUUUCUAUUAAAGUAUUAUCAAAAUACGUUCAAAUACAAUUAUUUAAAUAACAAAAUAUUUAAUAAAAAGUUUGUGGUGUAUUAAUUGUUCAUUGAAUCACGAUUUUGAAGAUGGCAAAAGGUUACACGUUUGUUAAGGAACACAAGAUUACGUAUGAGUGGAAAAUAAAGAACAUUAGUUCACAUUUGAAAUAUACAGAAGGUGAUUCCACUUUUUUACAGUCAUCAGAAUUUUCCACAGGAGCUAAAAUUAACGACAAGUGGUGUAUUAGAUUACAUUUGAAUAAUGGUAUUAACCCUCCAAAUCCUAGAAAAUAUACAUCAAUAUUUCUAUAUAAUUUGACUGGCUGCAAUGUAACAGCUGAAGUUACAUUUUUUUGGUUAGAUCUUAAACCAGAAUUAAUAUUUUUUAAGGAUUUCAUAACAGAAUUCAAAAUAAAAGGAAAUUCGGGUUAUCCCAGAUUUAUAAAGACAAAACACUUAUUAAGCGAUGAGUUAAAACUGAUAACUAACGACGUUUUAACAGUAUACGUUGAAAUUAUUGUUUCUGAUGAUGUGAUUACAAUUCCAAUAGAAAGUUCAUUCAAUUCGUCAAAAAGUCAAAUGGUAGAUGACAUUAAAGAACUUUACAACAGUAAAGCCAACAGCGAUGUCACUGUUGUCGUUGGAGAUAAAGAGUUCCAAGCACACAAAUUAAUUAUGAUGGCGCGAAGUCCAGUUUUUAGUGCAAUGUUCACUCAUGAGAUGGUUGAAAAAAAGUCGAAACAAGUUUCCAUAACAGACAUCACUCCCGAAAUCUUUGAAAAAGUCCUAGAGUACAUUUACACUGACGAGGUAACUGAUCUAGAUGAUGUUGCUUAUGAUUUGUUACCGGUCGCGGACAAGUAUCAACUUCUGUCGCUUAAAAACAUGUGUGAACACUCUCUUUGUUCAACUUUGAACAGUCGAAAUGCCGUAAAAAGAAUAAUACUAGCUGAUUGUUAUCGUGCCGGACAAUUGUUAAAUUACGUUACUGAAUGUAUUGUAGCCGAUACGUCAAAUAUUAUGAGGGCAGAUGAUUUCGAUGAACUAGAAAAAUCAUGUCCAUCCUUAGGAUUUCAGUUGUUGAGAAAAAUAGUAUCAAAUUCAAAUAUCAAAAAAUCUGAAAUUACUUAUUCAUCUUAGAGCCUAGCAAGCGGAAAAGAAAAUUAAAAUAACUUGAACUCUUUUACCUUAGGAAAAAUAUUUUUACACAUUAAUUAUUUUUAAAAAUACUUUAUAUAUUUUUUGUAUUUUCUUAAAACAAUUAUGUAAUAAAUAUUAGUUUAUUAUUUAUAAUGACUAUUUAAAAAUUUUAUCGACUUGUGUAAAUAAAAAAAAAAAUGAUAAAAGCUCAAGGGUAGUUAUA